UAAGUCUAUUGUUUAUUCUAUGUCAUCGGCAUCGAUGGAUGCUUUUCCAAUCUCAUUUUAUUUUUGUAAGACAAAAAUGGGUUGAAACAGAAAUUAUAACAACACAUUGGUUGUGAGAAAGUGAAAAUUAUUGACUUAAAGGCGACUUAAAAUGUGAUCAUGGCUAAGUUCACGAUAUUAUUUAUAACACUCUGGCUUCGAAGCGCGAUUGUAUACGGAUACGAGUUUAUAUCACAAUAUCCUAUUAGCCAACAGAAUGAAACUUAUUAUUUUUACCAUCUUGCUGUUGACAAAAGUAGUGGGCAAGUGUAUGCCGGCUCACUAAAUUGGCUUCAUCAACUAAGCCCAGAUCUGAAACCCAUUCAUAUAAUACGCACAGGGCCAAAACUCGACAAUCCAAUGUGUCAUGCUAGUGGCUGUCCUUCUCCAGAUAUCAUUACAACGCACACUGAUAAUGUGAAUAAGAUAUUAGUGAUCGAUCAAGAAUCAAGAAUAGUGAUAGCUUGUGGGUCGGUCGCCCAAGGAUCCUGUUUCAAAUAUAAGCUGGGUGAUUUAUCAGCAGAACCGGAAUUUGUUCCUAUUAGUGUUGCAGCCAACGACGCUGAUGCCUCUACUUACGCCUUCAUCGGCCCUGAGAGAUACAACUCUUGGGACCGUUCUAAUGUAUUGUAUGUGGGAACAACUUUUACUAACAAUGGAGAAUACAGACAUGAUGUUCCUGCAAUAGCAAGUCGUGAUCUUAUGACACUUGAGUUGGCUCAGUUCACAUUCUCUAAGCAAAGUUUAAUUCAAAUUGAUGUUAAAUAUAGAGACAACUUUUUAGUGCAAUAUGUUUAUGGAUUUAAUGCCAGUGACUAUGCAUAUUUUUUAAUAAUCCAAAAACAUUCUCACCUUGCUGGUAAUGAAGAAUUGGGAUAUGUCACACGGUUAGCUCGUACUUGUGUAAAUGAUGAUAACUACAAUAGUUAUACUGAAGUAACAUUGGAGUGCCAUGUUCGUGAAGAAACUGUAAAUGGUAAGAGUGAAGUUGUCAAUUAUAAUUUAGUUCAAGAUGCCAAAAUUGCUAAGGCUGGUGCAAACUUAGCCACUCAACUUGGCAUUGAAAUAGGAGAUUCAAUACUUAUAGCAUCAUUCAGCCCAUCAAAAGGUAUUACUAAUGAUCCUAUGUCAAAGUCAGCUAUAUGUGUCUUUUCAUUACUAGAAAUAGAAAUUAAGUUCAAUGAGAAUGUGCAUAUGUGUUUUAAUGGCAGUACUAAAGCACGUAACAUGGGUUAUAUAUCUGGUAUGAUCUCUGAUGGUAAAUGUCCCAGUGUAGGCUCUACAGGUAAUAUACUCAACUUUUGUGAAGUAGGUCUCAAAAUUAGUGGAUUGUAUCCCAUAAAAACAAUGUCUGUAAUAAAUUGGAAUGAUACUUUAGUGACAUCACUAACUAUGUCUGUGACUGGUAUACAUACUGUGGCUUUCUUAGGUAGUAAUGAUGGUAUGUUGAAAAAAGUUUUAAUUGAUGCUGAUAAGGCAUUGGAGUAUUUUAGUGAGGAACUUCUUCCUGGUCAGAGGAUACUGCCAGAUACUACAUUAUCACCAUACAGGAAAUCUUUAUAUGUCUUAGCCAGGAAUUCAAUAGUCCAAAUUCCGACUGAGAGGUGUGCAGAACAUGGAAAUUGUUCAUCAUGUUUAGAGUCUAAUGAUCCUCAUUGUGGCUGGUGUUCUUUAGAAAAACGUUGUACAGUUCAAAGCAUGUGUCAAAAAGGCACUCAAAGUGCUCCCAGGUGGCUGUCUCAGUAUACAGGACAACAAUGUAUUGACUUUGAACAGAUUUUGCCAGAUAGAAUAUCAAUGAAUGAGGUCACAACUGUGCAACUCAUUAUUAGGACAUUACCAGAACUACCGUUUGGUGCAAAGUAUAAAUGUGUUUUUGGGAAUGCACCUCCCAUAGAUGCUGCAGUAACUUCAAAUGGUUUAGCUUGUCCCACACCAGAUGUAAAGCAUAGACCUAAAAUAUUACAAAAUCAAGACCAUGUUUAUGUACCUCUUUCAGUCCACUCUUCAGAAACCAAUAAAGACUUUGUUUCUAGGAAUUUUGCUUUCUAUGAUUGCUCUAAACAUACAACUUGUCAUUCAUGCAUAAUGAGCGAAUGGGCAUGUAACUGGUGUAUCUAUGAUAAUAGAUGUACACAUGACACUUCAGUAUGUCAAAGAACUACUAUUAGUGGAGAGAAUAACCCUACAAAAUUACUCAAUCAUGGUAUUGGGCAUUGUCCUAGAAUACGACAAUAUAAAAAACCAAUUUUACUCCCCAAUAAUGUUCCUAAAGAAUUGGAACUGGAAGUAGAAAAUUUACCUCAUCUGCAGCCUGGUCACACAGGAUUUCAAUGUAUUGUUAGCAUUGAAUUAGCAAAUAUGAUAUUACCUGCUAGAGUAGAAUCAAAUCACUAUAUUGUAUGUGAUAAAACAACUUACUCAUAUGAAGAAGAUGUUGGAGAAUACAAUGUUAGUGUUAAAGUAGUUUGGAAUCACAAACAUUACAUAGACACAAUCACAAUAACAUUAUAUAAAUGUGAAAUUCUUGGUUCUCAUCGGGAACAUGCUGAUUGCUCACUUUGUAUUACUCGCAACUCUGUUUACCAAUGUACUUGGUGUGGAAAUUCUUGUUCUUAUACAGAAUCUUGUCUUGAAAACCCUGUAACAGAAUGUCCUAAACCUAGAAUAGAUAUGAUUAAACCAUUAAGUGGUCCUAUAGAAGGUGGAACUAUAGUUACAAUCGAAGGCAGUAAUCUUGGAUUAAGAGUGGAAGAGGUAACUGGAAAAGUUCGCAUUGGCGAUGCAUUAUGUGAAAUAGUUGACUUUGAAGUAUCAGUUAGUAUUACUUGCCGCACGGGACCAUCUAAUGAAUCUACUGUUGUUCCAGUUAUUGUAGAAAAUGAUGCUGGCUAUACAGAAUCAUCUGUAUUAUUUAGUUAUAAAAAUAUUAAACUACAAGGUAUUUAUCCGUCUCUUGGCCCAAUGUCUGGUGGUACUCAAUUAGGAAUAGGAGGACAACAUCUAAAUAUUGGUUCUGCUGUUUCAGCCUAUUUAGAUGAAUUACCAUGUGCUGUAAAUAAAACACAAACAUCAAAUAAUAGAUUAAUUUGCAUUACACCUAAAGCAAAUACACCUCGCAUGAUUCACACUUUAACAGUAGUAAUUGAUAAUGCUAAUAGGACACUGUAUGGUGAUUUAUUUAAUUAUACAGCAGACCCAACCAUAAUGGAAAUAAAACCAUUAAAGAGUUUUGUGUCUGGGGGAAGGAUGAUAACUGUACAUGGUACAAAUUUACAUACUAUACAAAAGCCGCUUAUGAAACUAUAUUAUGCAAAUGAAUUGGUACCUGUAAAUUAUACUGCAUGUACAGUACUAAAUUCAAAUCAAAUGGAAUGUCCAAGCCCUGCCAUAAAUAAGAAAUACCAAGAAAUCUUGCAGGCAACUAAAUCACAAACUAGCACACCUCAAAUAGCAAUGAAAGUAGGUUUUCUCAUGGAUGAUGUAGAAAGUAUGCAUGAUUUGGAAAAAUAUUUCAAUCCACCUAGAACACACAUGCUAUUUGUUGAGGAUCCCCAUGUUUAUCAUUUUGCUAAUAGAAUAAAAUCAUACAAAGGAGAUCCUCUAGUAAUAGAAGGUGAGAAUCUCAUCAGGGCUAGUGACGAAACAGAUGUAGUUGUAACAAUUGGUACUCAACAUUGUAAUGUUACUAGUCUUACUAUGCAACAACUGCUUUGUACACCACCUGAAAUACAGCCUUCUAAUACAGAUGAAAAUGGAGUUCAGAUUUUAGAUAUUAAUCUGCCAUUAGUAGUUGUGAAAAUAGGAAAGAAUUUAAGAUUUCCUAUUGGUUAUCUCCAUUAUGAAUUAUUAAGAAACUAUAAUUUUCCUCCAGAAGCAAUAGCAGGAAUUGCUGCUGGUACUUUCUUUUUAGUUCUUAUUUUUAUGAUUGUUUUAGUUAUGUAUAGACGGAGAAGUACAAAAGCUGAAAGAGAGUACAGAAGAAUACAAAUACAAAUGGAUACACUAGAAAGUAAUGUCAGACUGGAAUGUAAACUGGCAUUUGCUGAAUUGCAAACGGAUAUGUCUGAUUUGGCAGCUGAUUUGGAACAUUCAGGAAUACCUACUUUAGACCAUGUAAAUUAUGUUAUGAAAGUUUUUUUCCCAGGUGUAUCAGAUCAUCCGAUACUAAAUGUUCAACAUCAGUUUAUCAAUGCUCCUAGGACUAAUUAUGAUGCCGCAAUGCUUCAAUUUGAACAACUAUUAAAUAAUAAAUGUUUCCUUCUGUCAUUUAUAGACACAUUAGAGGCGCAAAAAUCUUUCAACAUUAGGGAUAAAGUAAAUGUUGCUUCAUUAUUGAUGAUUAUAUUGAUGGGAAAAAUGGAGUAUGCUACCGAUAUAUUGAAGUCUCUUCUUUUACGUCUUAUAGACAAAUCAAUUUGCAAUAAACAUCCUCAAUUAAUGUUGAGAAGAACAGAAAGUGUAGUUGAAAAAAUGUUAACAAACUGGAUGGCCUUGUGCAUGUAUUAUUAUCUUAAAGAUUAUGCAGGUUCAUCAUUGUUUCUCUUGUUCAAAGCAAUCAAACAUCAAAUAGAAAAAGGUGUUGUUGAUGCUAUUACACAUGAAGCACGAUACUCCUUAUCCGAGGAAAAGCUUUUAAAAGAACAAAUUGAUUAUCAAAUUGUUACUUUGCAUAUAGUGCAAGAUGAUUUUGAUGACAAAAUUCAAUGUAAAGUUUUAGAUUGCGAUAGUAUAUCACAAGUUAAAGCCAAAAUAUUAGAUGCUCUAUUUAAGAAUACUCCGUUUUCAAUGCGACCUUCCGUCCACGAAGUAGAUCUAGAAUGGCGACACGGAAGAGGCGGUCACGUGACUCUACAAGACGAAGAUCUGACAACUAAAACUGUUAAUGGUUGGAGAAAACUAAAUACGUUAGCACAUUACGGUGUCAAAGAAUCUGCUGUAAUGUCAUUAAUUUCUCGACAAAACGACAGUUUUAAUACACCCUAUAAAAUACCUUGCAAAAAUUGUACAGGAAUCUAUUGUUCUAAUUCCCAUAUAAGAGUUUAUAACAGUGAUAUUACUGACCAAAAUGUGCAUUUCUAUCAUUUGGUCAAACCUAUUGAAUAUCAACACAUUGUAAACAAGUCAUCAGAACACAGUCACAAAGCCAUUCCUGAAAUAUUCCUCACGAGACUUCUCUCUACCAAGGGUACAGUGCACAAAUUUGUGGACGAUUUCUUUAGCACAAUACUUACUGUGAAUGAAGUUCUUCCACCUGCAGUUAAGUGGUUAUUUGACUUGUUUGAUGAUGCCGCAAGAGCUCACGGUAUCAUGAAUCCUGAGGUAGUUCACGCAUGGAAAUCGAAUAGUUUACCUUUAAGGUUUUGGGUGAAUCUAAUAAAGAAUCCUGACUUCAUAUUCGACAUUAAUAAAACGGCUACUGUGGACUCUUCAUUAUCGGUGAUCGCUCAAACAUUCAUGGAUGCCUGUUCAUUGACAGAACAUAGACUAUGUAAAGAUUCCCCAUCCAACAAACUACUAUUUGCUAAAGAUUUGCCAACAUACCGAAAUAUGGUUAUACAAUUUUAUCAGUCAGUGUCGCAAUUACCUCAAGUCACAGACCAAGAGUUGAGUACUUCUAUGCAACAACUCUCUGUGGAGCAGUUGAAUGAGUUUGAUACUCUUUCGGCCUUAAAAGAGUUGUAUAUCUAUGUCAGUAAAUAUAGAGAACAAAUUAUAUUAGGACUAGAAAACAAAAUGCACUUAGCUCAUAAAUUAGAUAAUAUAGCAUGCACUAUGGAAGGCGACCCCACAUCUAUAUGCUGACUAUAUGAUACUGUAUGUUACGAUUUAAUUGCAUUUACGUAAUUUAUUUAUACAAUACCUAUUUUGUAAAAUAAAGCUUUAAUUUAUUCUGAAAAUACUCAGAUUUAAAACCGAUAUGUAAAAAGACUGUAAAAUAUCAGUUCCAUGAAUAUAGUUAGGAAGUUAAAUAUUUUUUGCUGAAUAUAAGAUACUUAAUGAUGCUAAGAAUGAUUAUUAUUGAUAAAUUUAAUAUUUUUUGUAAGCAUUUCAGAAAAGAAAAUAAGUAAUUGGCGAUACCAUACAGAGAGUGUAAAACUAUUUGUAUGUAUUUACUCUCCCAGUGGCCAUAUUUUAGUGUCCAUGGUAUUUUUUAUAAUUUUAGAGUUAAAUGUAUUGACUAUAUUAUUUAUUUCUCUUUUUCAUUUUAUGAUCAAUUGAUAAUUUCUUACAAAUAAUAUGGAUCUGACACUAUUUUUAUUGUAAAUUCUUAAUUGUAUUUAAAGUAUUUAAUUAUUAAUGUGUAUUAUGUUAAGAUGUAUGUGUAAAGAAAGAAAUCUUAUGUAAGGAAAAUGUUGUGAUAUUUGUAUUUGGAAUAUUGAUAAUAUGUAUAUCAGUAUGUCAGUAUUUUCAAGGCGUUUUUAAUGCUAUACAUACAUACCGACACGCCAGAGAUUUAUUUAUUUAGAAAUUUAAAAAAUAUAUUAUAUCUAUAAUCCGUUCACUUCAUGCGUGGCACUCUUUAUCAAAUUUGUGACGUUAUAGAUCCUCAUGACUAACACAUGUGAUUGUAAUGUAUAGCCUAUGCCAUCCCUCACUCUCUUACCUACACAAUCUAUAUAAGGGAUUUCAUGUAGAAAGCACAAGAAAAAAAAAAACUACCCGCCUACAGUGAAAUUGAAAUAAGGAACAUGAAUUGAAAGUGCAGCUUUUAAGUUCGUAUAGAAAACUUUGGCUGAUUUCAAUCAUUCCAGACCCCCCCCCCCCCCCCCUCCCGUCCUCUCCCCAUAAAUCUAACAACAGCUAAAAAUGCCACGCAAGAAAAUGACGGGCUGUAAGUGACUAUUCUGCAUGCCCCUCGGGCUUGGGUUACCAAGUUUCCAGAUUUAUUCUGACUUUGUGUUCUGACAAGUUUUUUUUUUUUUUUAGGAUUUUAUUUAAAUAAAACGUACUAAUUACACGCUCGAUAUUUAUAUAAAGUAAGUGCUUAAAAUUUAUUUUGUGUCGAAAAUAUCAAGACUUGGAAGUGCCGUACUUCUUAUUUUAAAAUGGUAACCCUAGCUUUAGUGAAUCUCGUUUAAAUAUAUUAAGUUGGUUGUUUUUUGCUUAAAAUUACCGAUUUUAUAAUCAUAUGAAGUUUGGAGCUAUAUAAAAAAUGUUUUCUGAUGAUUUUUAUGUGACAUGUCUAUCUUAAGUUUACUUGGACUUGUAAACCUUUUGCAAAAACACGAACAUUUAUGAUUUUAUAUAUUUGAUUUGCAAUUUUAUAAUGCUAAACUUAUUAUAUUGGUUAUCCUUUAAUAUCAUUUAAAAUGUAUAUAUUUUUUUAAUCUCAGUGUUUUCAGUUGUAAAGUUAAAAAAAAAACAGUGCUCUAUUUUUGUUUUAAAUUAAAAAAGAUCUUUUUUUACUAACUACUAAAGUGUCCGUUUUUAAAAAAAAAAAAGGUGUAUGAUACAAACCAUAAUACUGUCUAUGCCUUGUGGCCUGUUGGGUAUGAUAUUUUAUAAUACUUAAUUAACAUAAGAAAAAUAUUAAUAACUUUCUCAUUAAAUAAAUUUACAUUAUUUAAUUUGACACUCCUCUCAAAGAUUUUUCAUAUUAUUAUGAAUUGAUUUUUCAUGAAGUCGGGGCUGAUAAGUAUAUUUAUUUUUGUAAGUACCUAUUCGAUUUUACAUGCUAUUUUAAUAGUCGAUUGAAAAGUCCCUGUUAACAUUUCAAAAACAUGAUCUCAUUUUUAUUUACUUAUUGCUCAAACUGUUGUCAGUUAUAUAAAUAUGCUAAAUAUCAGCUCUCUCAGAAAUAAUUAUAAUAUUCCAUUUACAAAAUAUUUUAAGAUAGAAUAGAUGUAACUUGUUAGUAUAUUAAAGCAUCAUAAAUUCACCCGUCUCUUAAAAUUUUGUAUUAUUAGAAUAUACUUAUUUAUCAAUCUUUUUGUAAUGAAUAAUUUCAACAUGAAUGGGAUAAAUGAAAAACACCAAAUUGUGUAUUAUUUGAACAUUCAUAUUUAUUAGGCAAGUAAGUAUUUUUUUUUAUAGAGCAUUUAUAUAAAUACAAAUUAAUUUUGGUUUUACCAUUAAAAUAAAAUAUUAAGAUUUAUACAAAGUGUAAAGAAAAGGAUAAAAAAACAAAAUUCCAGCAAUAAUAGAUACACAUGAAACCAAACAACUUUUUUU